CCACUGCUAUAAUGUAUGCUAACAUUUCUUUCUUUAAUUUUAGAACAUCCCUUCCAUUACUUAAUUGAGCCGCUAACUACAGAUCGUCCGGACAAGAAAUACUUCAAUGUUCUUAAACUCAAUGAUCCAAGAUAUGUGGGAUUACCUUACUCUAUCCGUGUACUACUCGAGGCUGCUGUUCGAAAUUGUGAUGGGCUCCAUAUAAAAAAAGAAGAUGCUCUGACUAUUCUUGACUGGAAAAAACAGCAAAACCAAGCUGAUAUUCCUUUCUGGCCAGCCCGGGUCCUCCUCCAAGAUUUCACUGGGAUUCCUGCAGUGGUGGACUUUGCAGCCAUGAGGGAAGCAGUGAAGAAACAUGGAGGAGACCCUAGCAAAGUCAAUCCAGUCUGUCCCACAGAUCUGAUUGUUGACCAUUCAAUACAGAUUGAUUUUAGUAAAAGUGCCAUUCAGAAUGCUCCAAAUCCUGGAGGAGGUGAUGCCGCACCUCGAGCUUCCAGCAGCAAGCUGCCAUCAAAAAUCUCGCCUUGCCAACGUUCCAGUAGCUGUUUGAGUUCGUGCCACAGUGAAGUGAGCUCCCCUUCAUCAAAACAACGCACCACAGAGAUAGAGAACACACCUCUGCUUUGUCCUUUUCACCUGCAACCUGUAGCUGGACCAGAAACUUUAUUAAGGAAUCAAGAAAUUGAAUUCAGCAGAAAUAAAGAACGGCUGCAAUUUUUUAAGUGGGCUUCCAAAGUAUUUCAGAACGUGACUGUGGUGCCACCGGGAAGUGGAAUGGUGCAUCAAGUAAACUUGGAAUACCUGUCUCGCGUAGUGUUUGACCUAAGAGACGUUUUCUUCCCUGAUAGCGUGGUAGGCACCGAUUCUCAUACGACUAUGGUGAAUGGUCUUGGAAUUCUAGGAUGGGGGGUUGGUGGGAUAGAGAGUGAGGCAGUCAUGCUGGGCCAACCAGUCACGCUGACUUUACCUGAGGUAGUCGGAUGUAAACUGGUGGGGACCACAGACCCUUUGGCUACUUCAAUCGAUGUUGUUUUAAGUGUAACAAAGCAUCUCCGGCAAGCUGGAGUUUCAGGAAAGUUUGUCGAGUUCUUUGGCCCAGGGGUGUCUCAACUAUCUGUAGCAGACAGAACAACAAUAGCAAAUAUGUGUCCUGAAUAUGGUGCAACUGUGAGCUUUUUCCCAGUUGACGAGGUUACGUUAAGGCACUUAAAACAGACAGGUUGUAGUGAAACAAAGCUUGACGCUGUGAAAACUUACUUAAAAGCUGUGAAGCUGUUCAGAAACUAUCAGAAUCCCUCAGAAGACCCGGAAUAUUCACAGGUUAUUGAAUUGAAUCUGUCAGGUAUUGUUCCAUAUGUGAGCGGUCCAAAACGGCCACAGGACAGAGUUAUGGUAAAUGAAAUGAAGAAAGAUUUUCAGAACAGCCUGAAUGAAAAGGUUGGCUUUAAAGGGUUUCAGAUACCUCCAGAAAAACAGAAGGAGGUGGUUGCAAUUGAAUUUGAAGGGAAGGAUUAUAAACUGGCCCAUGGUUCUGUUGUCAUUGCAGCUGUAAUAAGCUGUACGAACAAUUGUAAUCCAUCUGUCAUGCUGGGAGCAGGUUUACUAGCUAAAAAGGCCAUUGAGGCAGGCCUGUCUGUUAAACCUUACAUCAAGACCAGCCUGUCUCCUGGAAGUGGGAUGGUGACAUAUUACUUGAAUGCCAGUGGUGUACUGCCUUACCUGCACAGUCUUGGGUUUGAAGUUAUCGGCUACGGCUGUGCUACCUGCGUUGGGAAUACUGCUCCCUUGCCAGAGUCAGUUGUUGCUGGUAUCCAAAAGGGUGACCUUGUGGCAUGUGGAGUUAUUUCUGGAAAUAAGAAUUUUGAGGGCCGUCUCUGUGACUGUGUUCGAGCCAACUACCUCGCCUGUCCUCCAUUAGUUGUAGCAUAUGCCAUUGCUGGCACAGUUAACAUUGACUUUGAAAAGGAACCUUUAGGUGUAAACUUUGAAGGGAAGGCAAUCUACCUGCGUGAUAUUUGGCCCAGCAGGGAAGAGAUCCAUCAGGUCGAGGAACAAGAAGUGAUCCCAUCCAUGUUUCGAGAACUGAGAGUAAAAGUAGAGAAAGGAAAUAAUCGCUGGAAUACCUUGGAAGCUCCAGAGUCCCUUCUGUAUCCCUGGGAUUCAAAAUCCACCUAUAUCAGAUGCCCUUCAUUUUUUGAUAAGUUUACCAAAGAGCCCAAUUGUCCUCAGUCCAUUGAAAAUGCCCACGUCUUGCUCCACCUGGGAGAUUCUGUUACCACUGACCACAUCUCGCCUGCAGGUAGUAUAGCUCGUAACAGUGCUGCUGCCAGAUACCUGACCCGCAAUGGCCUCACACCCCGUGAGUUUAAUUCAUAUGGAGCGCGAAGGGGGAAUGAUGCUGUGAUGACCCGAGGGACAUUUGCCAACAUCAGACUCCUAAAUAAAUUUAUUGGCAAAACUGCGCCUAAAACAAUACACAUCCCAUCUGGGCAAACACUCGAUGUUUUUGAUGCAGCUGAACGCUACCAGAGGGAAGGCUGUCCACUGAUUAUUUUAGCUGGGAAAAGAUAUGGCUUAGGUAGUUCGAGGGACUGGGCCGCCAAAGGACCUUAUUUACUGGGUGUGAAAGCCAUUCUAGCGGAGAGUUACGAGAAGAUGUAUAAGAACCACUUGAUCGGUAUGGGUAUCAUUCCUCUCCAAUUCCUUCCUGAGGAAACCGUCGACAGAUUAGGACUGACUGGAAAAGAGCAGUACACAAUAAUAAUUCCUAAAGAACUGUGCCCUGGAACGACAGUCAGUAUAACAACAAACACAGGAAAGGCAUUCAAAGCCGUAGUUAAGUUUGACAAUGAAAUGGAGAUCACCUUUUACAAGCAAGGAGGCAUUUUGAACUAUGUUGCUCGAAAGAUGUUAUAAUAGUUUCUGCAUCUUUUGACGUCAUCUGCAAUUGCAACAGUGAUGGAAACAUGGAUGAGGUUCCAGUCCACAGGUGAUAGCAUUUUUGUUCAGUGCUAUUGGAGUGGAGGAUAUAACUGUUGGAAGUCUUUCACGCUAGAAUUACUACAUGCUUCCGAACUGUCUGUUUAACCUCAAGACUGGAUACGAAUGGGGUCCUUGCCUUGCGCGUACACCUGUUUUCUGCCUUUUGAUCCUAUAAUCACUGUAUUCAUUUUUCAUUCUUUUUGGUAACUUAAAUGUGUGUGUCGCAACACGGACUCAUUCAGACUUGGAGAUAUCAGUGUGCCACUGCCUCUCUCCAGACAAGAUUUUGUUGGUGGGAUUUUUUUUUAAACUUUCCAUCUUUUUCAAAUCCCGCUUUUAUCAUGUUUUAGCCUCACUGCCUUCAGUUUUCUGAACUUUAAAACAAAGGGUGACAAUAAGCAUUCAAAUACUGUGAAGCAAAGCUAUCUGCGUGGGAGGUGGAGGGGAUGACUGAUAAACAGUGAAAGCCUUGGGAUAGAAGCACUGUGGAAAAAAUGCUUUGAGAUUUUAUUUGCUGUCUGUGUAAGCAGCAAGAAACCAUCAGACUAUUUGGUAUUGUAUGAUAGGUGUCCAAGCAAAUGUAUUUCAGUAGUAAUUCUACUGUACAAAUGCUACUGAUGAACUGUACAUUUUUAAUAGGUUGUAAGAAUAAACAAGUAAAUGAUAAA